CGGCAGGCUGAGAUUUAUGCAUAGUCCCGGAGAGCUUGCCAACACCAACCAGGAGGUUUAGAGCAGCUUGGCUUUGUAGCAGGGGAUUUCAUACUGCUCACGCACUGCCUAGCAGGAGGGAGAUAUGCCUACUUUAUCCAAUCUGACACAGAUGCUGGAAGAUGUCUUCAAAAAGAUUUUUAUUACUUAUAUGGACAAUUGGCGCAGGAACACAACAGCUGAGCAAGAGGCCCUACAAGCCAAAUUGGAUGCUGAGAACUUCUACUAUGUCAUCUUGUACCUCAUGGUGAUGAUCGGAAUGUUCUCUUUCAUCAUUGUAGCUAUCCUGGUGAGCACAGUGAAAUCCAAGAGGCAAGAGCACUCCAACGAUCCCUACCACCAGUACAUCGUGGAAGAUUGGCAAGAGAAGUACAAGAGUCAAAUCUUGAAUCUAGAAGAAUCAAAGACCACCAUCCAUGAGAACAUGGGUGCAGCAGGGAUCAACAUGGGUCCUUGAGAAACAGAAGAAGCAUAAAGCCAACAUCUGAUAUCCAGAUCCAAAGAGAUGCCCGUGCCAUGGAGCAAAUCCAAGUUGUAAUUGCUUAGAAGAUACUCAGUUCCUUG